AUGGCUGGAGCGUGGUCGAAGAUGGUUGUGUUAUCAGCGAAAAUGAUGGUGAUGAUUCUGAUGUUGACAUGGACGAUCUCAGCGAAAGAGCAGCUGAGCAGUAAAGAAUGUGAGGAUCUAGGAUUUACCGGUCUCGCUCUCUGCUCCGAUUGCCACUCUCUCUCUGAAUACGUUAAGGAUCAAGAGUUGGUAUCUGAUUGCUUGAAAUGCUGCGCUGAUGAUUCUGAGGAUUCAAUGAGCAAGGUUACCUAUUCGGGGGCUAUAUUAGAGGUGUGUAUGAGGAAGUUGGUCUUCUAUCCAGAAAUUGUUGGUUUCAUUGAAGAAGAAAAAGAAAAGUUCCCAAGCGUGAAAGUUCAGUACAUAUUCAACUCACCACCCAAGUUGAUCAUGCUUGAUGAAGAUGGUGAACAUAAGGAAACUAUAAGAAUCGACAACUGGAAACGGGAGCAUCUACUGCAGUAUAUGCGAGAGAAGGUCAAGCCUACUUCAGCAAGUUAG